AAACGCCAACGCCAAAGCGAGAGCGAGAGCGAAAAACUUGUUGAACGGCAGAGCACCCCGAACACCCCCGCCGAACCAACGAACCACCGAACCACUGAACCACCACCCACCAGCAAUCUAUAUACAUAGAUUCCACAGCAGCGACUACGUCAUGCAGGCCAUCAAGUGCGUUGUUGUUGGCGACGGAGCCGUGGGCAAGACCUGCCUCCUGAUCAGCUACACGACCAAUGCCUUCCCCGGAGAAUACAUCCCGACGGUGUUCGAUAAUUACUCGGCCAACGUGAUGGUGGAUGCCAAGCCCAUCAAUCUGGGACUGUGGGAUACGGCCGGGCAGGAGGACUACGAUCGGUUGCGUCCGCUCUCCUACCCGCAGACGGACGUCUUCCUCAUCUGCUUCUCGCUGGUCAAUCCCGCCUCCUUCGAGAACGUGCGGGCCAAGUGGUACCCCGAGGUGCGUCACCACUGCCCCAGUGUGCCGAUCAUUCUGGUGGGCACCAAGCUGGAUCUGCGCGAUGACAAGGCCACCAUCGAGAAGCUCAAGGACAAGAAGCUGACGCCCAUCACCUAUCCGCAGGGUCUGGCCAUGGCCAAGGAGAUCGGAGCCGUCAAGUAUCUGGAGUGCUCGGCUCUGACCCAGAAGGGCCUGAAGACGGUCUUCGACGAGGCCAUCCGCUCUGUGCUUUGUCCGGUGGUGCGCAGGCCCCCCCGUCGCAUGUGCAAGCUGCUGUAGGGCGGCAACAGCAACAGCAACGGCGACGGCGACGGCUACAGCGACGACGACAAAGAGAGAGAACAAACUGCAGAAAACUCUUUUUUUGCACACAAAAAAAAAGAAAACAAAAAAUAUUGCAUGUGGUUUACAGUUAAAGCUAAUGUACGUGUGAGAGACCGUGUCAGAGUGAAUUUAUGAGAGAGAGUGCAUGUGUGGUGAGUGGAUGAGUGAGCGAAUGAGUCAAGGUGUAUCAAUACAAGGUGAGGCGUUCCCAAAGAGUGCUCUUACAGCAGGAGACCUAUCCCGUUUCCGUUCAACUCGAAAAAGAAAUCGAAAGAGAGAGUGGCAAAGAAAAUCGUCAAUGCGAUCAGCAGGAAUCAUGCCUCACCUUAUAAAGAAAACCAGCAGUAAUUUUUUUUAUUGUCAGCUUUAUGUGUGAUGUGUGGGGGGGGUGGGGGAGAGCAGCUACGCAGCAGCAGCAAUAAUCAUUGGAAGUGCAUCCAGCAGGGCGAGGCGGGGGGCCAGAGAAGCACCCUGCCUGUGUGGAUUGUGGCUGAUAUGUGAGUGUCUGUGUGUGUGAGACAAUGGGUGUCUCAGGCAGCAGGAAAUGUAUGACAAAUCAAAUAAAAUUAAUUGUAAAUAAAUCUAGAUACACGCAAACACGCAAACAUACACACACACACUGGCAUUGCAGGAGAUAAGAGCUGGGAGCCCCGCCCAACGCCUAUCAUCGAAGUGAAGAGUCGCCCAAUGCGGGUCGAGAGGGUACGGGGGAUAUUUGGGGGUACUUCCAGUUUUAGUUUUGUUUUAGUUUUUUUUGCAUUUGAUUUAUAUAACGUAUGAAUAAUGUCUGAAUUAUGUAUGAUUAAUGCCACACUAAAGCCCCCAUUUAGCACUACUUUGAUGUUAAUUGAUCCACUGAUAUAUUUAUAACUCUUUUUUUUUUUGUUUUUUAAUGAGAGUGCGUGCGCAGACACUUUGCCAAAUUGUUUUUACCGACCCGAACCCUAAUUUAUAUACAUACAUAUAUUAACCAUAAUUUACUACUAAAGUGUAAUGUUAAUAAAACAAUACCAUUGUAAAAAGCAAAAUAAACUGAAUUCGAGGGAA